AUGGCAUAUGAUCGUUAUGUGGCCAUCUGUCGUCCACUCCACUAUAACACAGCCAUGAAUCCUAGGCUGUGUAUCUUGUUAGUGAGUGCAUGCUUUGUCAUGACUAACAUCCAUGCUCUCAUACAUACCAUUCUCAUGUCAAAGCUGUCUUUUUGUGUGCAUGGGGAAAUCUUACACUUUUUCUGUGACAUCAGCCCCCUCUUGAAGCUGUCUUGCUCUGAUACACACAUCAAUGAGUUAAUGGUCUUUGUUGUGGGGGGCCCAGUUUUGAUGUUUCCCUUCCUGUGCACUAUGGUCUCCUAUAUUCAAAUCGUUUCAGCCAUCCUGAGGAUUCCUUCAGGCAGUGGAGGGAGGCGCAAAGCCUUUUCCACUUGUGGUUCCCACCUCUCUGUUGUCUGUUUGUUCUAUGGCACUACCUCCAGUGUCUAUCUACUGCCAUCAUCUUCCUCCUCCACAAAGGACAUUGUGUUCUCUGUGGUGUAUACAUUGGUCACCCCAAUGUUAAAUCCUUUCCUUUAUAGUUUGAGAAACCGGGAUAUGAAAAAAGCCCUGAAGAAUCUUAUCAGAAGCAGGAUAUUUACUCCUUCAUCAUAUUAA